AGAGAGAAUGAGCAGACGAGUGGGCGACCUCAGCCCGAAGCAGGUGGACAUUUUAGCCGAGUAUUGUGUUGUCUGGUGCUGCUAGUUUCGGGAGCGGCUCGAGGACGUUCUCCCAGACCUUCCCGCGCAGCAUGAUCACUACCUGCUCCGCUGGCUCCGAGGAGUAACAACAUGAAUUUGUACAUAAGGCAGAAAUAAUGCGGUGCGACUCGAGUUUCGCCAUCAGCUGGAAGACAGUGUCCCUUUUUGGUCAGUGUCAGUGGAGGAAAAGGAGAGCGGAGGGAUGUUGAGAGACGGACCUUCAGUCUGCUGUCUCUGCUGAGACUGACCCAUCAGAUGCAGCCACCAUCAGCCCAGUAAAAUAAAAACCCGAAGCUUCAAUGUUCAGAAAGCAGAGGCGAUGCUUAGAAAGCAUCUGGAGUUCAGGAAACACAUGAAAGCAGACAGCAUCAUCGCUGACUGGAGGCCUCCUGAGGUGAUCGAACGGUAUGUGUCCGGGGGGAUGUGUGGGUACGACCUCGAGGGAAGUCCCAUCUGGUACGAUGUCAUUGGGCCCCUGGACCCCAAAGGUCUGCUGCUGUCCUGCACCAAACAGGACUUCAUGAGGACCAAGAUCAGAGACACAGAGAUGCUCCGCAGAGAGUGUCAGAAACAGACAGAGAAGUUGGGCAUUAAUGUGGAGACGAUAACCAUGAUCUAUGACUGUGAGGGACUGGGCCUGAAGCAUCUGUGGAAGCCUGCUUUAGAGGCCUAUGGAGAGAUUCUUACCAUGUUUGAGGAGAACUAUCCUGAAGGACUCAAGAGGGUGUUUCUCAUCAAGACUCCUAAGCUAUUCCCGAUGGCCUACAACCUGGUCAAACACUUCCUGAGUGAAGAGACACGUCACAAGAUCAUCAUUCUGGGAUCUAACUGGCAGGAGGUGUUACUUAAGCACAUUGACCCGGAGCAACUCCCGGUGGCGUACGGAGGAACCCUUACUGACCCUGAUGGUGACCCUCGCUGUCGAACCAUGAUAAACUAUGGUGGUACGGUGCCCAGGUCGUACUAUGUUCAGGACAAUAUGGUCAAGGUCCAGUACGACAACAGUGUGACCAUCAGCCGAGGCUCCGCCUUCACACUGGAGUAUGACAUCACCACCCCCAGCAGCAUCCUCAGGUGGCAGUUUGCCAGUGAUGGGGCAGACAUAGGCUUUGGGGUGUUCAUGCGGACCCAGGAGGGGGGUGGGGCUCAGAAGGUGGGGGACAUGCUGCAGGUGGUGCCUAGUGAACGCUACAACUCACACAUGGUCCCAGAGGACCGCUCACUCACCUGCCCCGAGCCUGGAACUUACGUGCUGCGUUUUGACAACACCUACAGCGUGCUGCAGUCGAAGAAGAUCAGCUACACUGUCAAUGUUCUACUGCCAGACGGACAGACACAGAGCCCUAGGAGUAUCAGAGGGGGUGGACGGCUGGAGUAACACACACACACACACACAAAACACACGUACUGACAGACAGACACAGAGCCCUAGGAGUGUCAGAGGGGAUGGAAAGCUGGAGUAACACACACACACACACACACACACAACACACACGUACUGACAGACAGACACAGAGCCCUAGGAGUAUCAGAGGGGAUGGAAAGCUGGAGUAACACACACACACACACACACACAAAACACACGUACUGACAGACAGACACAGAGCCCUAGGAGUGUCAGAGGGGAUGGAAAGCUGGAGUAACACACACACACACACACACAACACACACGUACUGACAGACAGACACAGAGCCCUAGGAGUAUCAGAGGGGAUGGAAAGCUGGAGUAACACACACACACACAACACACACGUACUGACAGACAGACACAGAGCCCUAGGAGUAUCAGAGGGGAUGGAAAGCUGGAGUAACACACACAACACACACGUACUGACAGACAGACACAGAGCCCCAGGAGUGUCAGAGGAGGUGGACAGCUGGAGUAACACAACACACACGUACUGACAGACAGACACAGAGCCCUAGGAGUAUCAGAGGGGAUGGAAAGCUGGAGUAACACAACACACACACAACACACACGUACUGACAGACAGACACAGAGCCCCAGGAGUGUCAGAGGGGGUGGACGGCUAGAGUAACACACACACACACAACACACACGUACUGACAGACAGACACAGAGCCCCAGGAGUGUCAGAGGGGAUGGAAAGCUGGAGUAACACACACACACACAACACACACGUACUGACAGACAGACACAGAGCCCCAGGAGUGUCAGAGGGGAUGGAAAGCUGGAGUAACACACAACACACACGUACUGACAGACAGACACAGAGCCCUAGGAGUGUCAGAAGGGAUGGAAAGCUGGAGUAACACACACACACACAGCACACACGUACUGACAGACAGACACAGAGCCCUAGGAGUGUCAAAGGGGGUGGACGGCUGGAGUAACACACACACACACACACAACACACACGUACUGACAGACAGACACAGAGCCCUAGGAGUAUCAGAGGGGAUGGAAAGCUGGAGUAACACACACAACACACACGUACUGACAGACAGACACAGAGCCCCAGGAGUGUCAGAGGGGGUGGACGGCUAGAGUAACACACACACACACAACACACACGUACUGACAGACAGACACAGAGCCCUAGGAGUGUCAGAAGGGAUGGAAAGCUGGAGUAACACACACACACACAGCACACACGUACUGACAGACAGACAGACACAGAGCCCUAGGAGUGUCAGAGGGGGUGGACGGCUGGAGUAACACACACACACACACACAACACACACGUACUGACAGACAGACACAGAGCCCUAGGAGUAUCAGAGGGGAUGGAAAGCUGGAGUAACACACACAACACACACGUACUGACAGACAGACACAGAGCCCCAGGAGUGUCAGAGGGGGUGGACGGCUAGAGUAACACAACACACACGUACUGACAGACAGACACAGAGCCCUAGGAGUGUCAGAGGGGAUGGAAAGCUGGAGUAACACACACAACACACACGUACUGACAGACAGACACAGAGCCCCAGGAGUGUCAGAGGGGGUGGACGGCUAGAGUAACACAACACACACGUACUGACAGACAGACACAGAGCCCUAGGAGUGUCAGAGGGGGUGGACGGCUAGAGUAACACACACACACACACACACACACACACGUACUGACAGACAGACACAGAGCCCCAGGAGUAUCAGAGGGGAUGGAAAGCUGGAGUAACACACACACACACAACACACACGUACUGACAGACAGACACAGAGCCCCAGGAGUAUCAGAGGGGAUGGAAAGCUGGAGUAACACACACACACACAACACACACGUACUGACAGACAGACACAGAGCCCUAGGAGUAUCAGAGGGGAUGGAAAGCUGGAGUAACACACACACACACAACACACACGUACUGACAGACAGACACAGAGCCCCAGGAGUAUCAGAGGGGAUGGAAAGCUGGAGUAACACACACACACACAACACACACGUACUGACAGACAGACACAGAGCCCCAGGAGUAUCAGAGGGGAUGGAAAGCUGGAGUAACACACACACACACAACACACACGUACUGACAGACAGACACAGAGCCCCAGGAGUAUCAGAGGGGAUGGAAAGCUGGAGUAACACACACACACACAACACACACGUACUGACAGACAGACACAGAGCCCCAGGAGUGUCAGAGGGGGUGGAAAGCUGGAGUAACACACACACACACAACACACACGUACUGACAGACAGACACAGAGCCCCAGGAGUGUCAGAGGGGAUGGAAAGCUGGAGUAACACACACACAUGUACUGACAGACAGACACAGAGCCCCAGGAGAGAGGGGCCAGACAUCUGGCAUCACACACAUGCCCACACACAAACACAUGAAUAUUGAGAUCUGGGGGAGUGAAGAUAGCAACGUAGAGUAUACAGUGCAGUUUAAACACCACUGUUCUCAGUUAUGAGCAUUAGCUAUUAUGACAGGACAUUUUCCAAUGCUUUUCUAGAAAAAAGGAUCUGUACAAGCAUUUUGUACAAGAGUCAUGUUAGGUUUGAGUUAGGACUAUACGUCUUUGUUUUAUAGUAUUGUGUGAAUGGAAUAGCGACAGUUUUCAGCACAGAAAAGACACUUUGUUAUAUAGGAUACAUUAGUUCAAUGUAAAAAGACAAACGGUGCAUGUGUAAGGAAUGAAGGAAUGAUUAUGAAGUGGAGCAAUGAAUAUAGUUUAGUGUUUUCACUAACGAUGCCACUCAUUAAGAGUUUCAUUAAUAAUUGUAUUAAUUGACAGCUGAUAGAUAGGCUACAUAUAUAGGUUGUUUUACUAUUAUAGCAACCCUAAAGAGAUGAUUCUUACACAAUGUUAAGAUGCACUCAUUGUCAAUAGAUCAGUCAUUCUAGAAAGGCUAUCUCUCAUAAUCGUAAAAUCUUUAUUUUCAAAAUGCAAGUUGAAUCCUGAAAAUGUUUAAGAUGUUUCAUGAUCAGAAUUAUAUUAUGAAAUAUUCAAAUUUUGUAGAAUCAUGACAUUUGAAAUGUUCUUGUACCAUGAUUAUUUUUUUGAAGAAUAAAUGUUAUUUGACUGUUCUAUUUUAAA